AUGUCUGACAUGGAGGAUGACUUGCAAACUGCAGCAAAAGUGGUGCGCAAACCUAAGAAAGUCAGGGCUGAGGUUCUCGAAAACGCCUAUCAGCUCUGUUCAUACACUGGGAAAAUGCUGAAAAAAAUUAAAAAGGACACUGGUCUGUCUGGUGAACAGAUCAGACGCCGAAUCUACUCAAAAAGAGAAAGGGAUCAUGUGGCCGGAAAGCAGGUUCCUGAACGCGACGGCUCAAAACCGUCAAUUCAAUGGACUGAUGAGUUGAAGAGAUGCUUUGCAAAGCAUCCAAACAUAUCAAGGGACGAUGCAAAGUAUUUGAUUGAGAAAUUGAAGUUAAAAGACAUAUCUCCCGAACAGAAACGCGAUUGGAAAGCACUUCAAAGAAAAUACAUUCCUCUUGAAGACUUCUUUGAAGUUCAUGCAGACAAUAAUGAGAUCAGAGAGUUUGAUGAUCUGGUGGAGGUGAUCGAUUUGGAUUCAGAACUGGUGCUUGAAUGGCUUGGAAUAAGAGUAGCAUUGGAGUCGGAAAGACACCAAAAACAUAUCAAUUCGACGAUGGGAAUACGCGAUCCAGAAACAGAGCCACGGCUUUCCACAUGCGGAAGAAAUUAUAGCGAAAGAAGACCAAGAUCAAAACUGACCGCGAGCUGCCUUCAAGAUUUGGAGAAGUUUUGGGAAGCGGGGACUUAUUCAAUUGACAAAGAAGCCGUGUACAAAGAACUAUCGGAGAAACAUAAAAUGAGAAGAAUACCAGUUCAACAAUGGUUCUCCCAAAGGAAACGAACCGACAAGAUCGCAAUAAACAAGGCGAGAAAUCAUGGUCAAGCCAAAACAAAAGAAGGCACACCGGAUGAUGAAAGUGAUGAUGAAAGAUCACCACCGGAUAAUGAACAAUCAACAACAAUCCGGAAAUUGGCCAGGAUUAAAGUUGAGGACAAGUCCAAGAUUUGCAGCUUUUGCGGCAACGGACACAUCCCGGAUAGGACGGCAGAUGCACGCUGGGAGCGCUUGAGACAACACAGCUUAUGCCAAAAAUGCCUCCUACCAUCCUUCCAAAAACAAAGACACCAGUGUCCUUCCGGUGUCCUAAUCGAUUUUGGAUGCUACUACUGCAAGGAAGAGGUCCACAACUCAGCACUCUGCAGGAUCCCAAAGACUGUGGUCGAUACAAAAUACUUCACGCCAGGUGGACCCAAAGACUCACGCGAAAGACAACCAACUCCAGAUCUGAACACAGAAUACGACCAAUAUUAUCGAUGGGAUCGACGUCGCCAACAGGAGCCAUUUGAUCAACGUCGCCAUCGAGAAAGAGACCAAGGACCCAAUAGACAAUGCAAAAAGCUCGUCUUCAAACUUCUAUGCUGCUCAUCAAAACGAAAUCGGACGUUUUGCCAUUCGGAUGCUAAUCAAAAAGUAGACUACGCCGAUAGAUUUGGUAUCCCGAGAGAACGAAAUGAAACAGGCAACGCCACAAUUGAUGAUGUGCUACUUGCCGCUAGUGUCGACUCGAAUAAUAUGAAUAUUGAAGCUGUAAAAGGUUUUGAAAACAAAGAUAAAGAGAAUGAAGUGAAACUUAUGUUCAUCAAACAAACUAUGUACCACUCGAAUCAGUACAUUUUUGCCUACAAUACCCUGUUUUGA